UCUAUGCCGUUCCAGAAUGGAAGCCGAUGAUCUCUCAUCAGCACAUUAUCUCCCAGAUGUACAUGUGGGAUGGUUGAUCUCUAUUUGUGUCAUUGUGUCAUGGAUCAUUAUCCACAGAUGGAACCAGAGAAAUAAAGUUGGCCCAAAGAUGUGGCCGCUGGUAGGGGCAGCGAUCGAGCAGUUCAUGAAUUACGAGCGGAUGCACGAUUGGCUAGUCGAGUACUUGUCCAAGUUGAGGACUGUCGUGGUACCUAUGCCGUUUACAACCUAUACUUACAUUGCAGAUCCGGAAAAUGUAGAGCAUGUCUUGAAGACCAACUUUGCGAAUUAUCCAAAGGGGAAAGUUUAUCAUUCAUACAUGGAAGUUCUGCUCGGAGAUGGGAUAUUUAAUGUGGACGGUGAAUCUUGGAGGAAGCAAAGGAAGACCGCGAGUUUCGAAUUCGCGUCCAAGAAUUUGAGGGAUUUUAGCACUGUGGUCUUCAGAGAAUAUAGUCUGAAGCUUUCUUCUAUCCUAAGUCAAGCUUCAUUCUGCAACAAAGAGGUGGACAUGCAGGAACUGUUGAUGAGGAUGACUUUGGACUCCAUAUGCAAAGUGGGAUUCGGCGUCGAAAUAGGAACUCUGGCUCCGGAUUUACCAGAUAACCGCUUCGCUCAAUCUUUUGAUGCAGCAAACAUAAUUGUGACCUUUCGAUUCAUCGAUCCCCUCUGGAGGAUCAAGAAAUUCCUGAAUGUGGGGUCAGAAGCCCUUCUUGACAGAGCCAUCAAAGUGAUUGAUGAUUUCACCUACUCUGUCAUUAGAAAGCGGAAAGCCGAGGUAGAAGCGGCUCACAAGUCUCGUGAAGAUGCAAAGAUGAAGCAUGAUUUACUGUCGAGAUUCAUUCAGCUAGGUGACGAUCUGGAGAGCAAUUUAACUGACAAAAGCCUCAGAGACAUCGUCCUGAACUUUGUGAUUGCUGGGCGGGACACGACAGCAACCACCCUCUCCUGGUCUAUAUACAUGAUAAUGACCCAUCAGAAUAUUGCCGAGAAGAUCUAUUCAGAACUUGAAAAUUUGGAGAGAGAUCGAGCAAGGGAAGAAGAGGGCUCACUGCUUCCCUACAGCAUGGACGACCCUGAAUCAUUCAACCGGAGAGUCUCGCAAUUCGCAAAACUAUUGACCUACGACUCCCUCGGAAAGUUGCACUACCUACAUGCUGCGAUCACAGAGACGCUGCGCCUGUAUCCAGCGGUUCCUCAGGAUCCGAAGGGCGUGUUGGAGGACGACGUACUGCCUGAUGGGACGAAGGUGAAAGCGGGAGGGAUGGUGACGUAUGUACCGUACUCCAUGGGAAGAAUGGAGUACAAUUGGGGUCCUGAUGCCGCUUUGUUUAAGCCCGAGAGGUGGCUGAAGGAGGGGCUCUUUCAAAAUGCUUCUCCGUUCAAGUUCACUGCAUUUCAGGCGGGGCCGAGGAUAUGCUUAGGGAAGGACUCGGCGUAUCUGCAGAUGAAGAUGGCACUGGCCAUUCUGUGCCGGUUUUACGAGUUCAAGCUGGUGCCGAACCACCCGGUGGAGUACAGGAUGAUGACCAUCCUGUCGAUGAAGCAUGGCCUGAGGCUGACCAUAGCGAGACGCCCUUGAACCAAUACCACAUUUCUCAGUUUUCACUGGCUUCUGUUGCUUUAGUUUGGCUCCAGGAGCCUAAGGUGCUGUUACAUCUACUAUCCUACUCAGUACAACUCCAUGGUCA